AUAUACAUCCACACUUAAACACACCUACUCCACUCAUUUCUGCCACUACUCGUACCAACUCCACUUCACCAAUAUGCAACGCCGGUCAUCGGCGCCACCACUCCCCACACUCACCCUCCUCCUUUUCUUCCUUCACCUCGCCGCCGCAUUCCGCCCAUGGCCCAACCAAAAAACCAACUUCACCGAGCUCCAAUUCGGCGGUAACAAAAAAUACGAAGGCUCAUCAGAAUUCGUGAAACUUAAAUACCACAUGGGUCCUGUUCUUACUGCCAACAUGACCGUACACAUUAUAUGGUACGGAACCUGGCCCAGUUCACAAAAAAGAAUCAUCCGUGAUUUUAUCAACUCGAUAUCUGACGGCGGACAACAUCGUUCGCCGUCGGUAUCGGGCUGGUGGAAAACGGUCCAGCUUUACACUGACCAAACCGGUUCUAACAUUUCAAGAACCGUACGGCUGGGUAAAGAAAAAAAUGACCGGUUUUUAUCUCACGGUAAAAAACUAACUAGGUUGUCAAUACAAUCUGUAAUAAAAUCAGCUGUGACAGCUAAGACAAAACCAUUGCCAAUACAUCCAAAAGGUGGGGUCUAUUUGUUACUAACAGCUGCUGACGUGUACGUUCAAGAUUUCUGUCAAAAUGUAUGUGGGUUCCAUUAUUUUACUUACCCAUCCAUUGUAGGGUACACGUUACCCUACGCAUGGGUGGGUAAUUCAGAAAAAUUAUGCCCGGGUGUAUGCGCGUACCCGUUUGCGGUACCCGAAUACAUCCCGGGUUUAAAACCGCUAAAAUCGCCAAAUGGAGAAGUAGGUAUUGAUGGGAUGAUAAGUGUGAUUGCACAUGAAAUAGCUGAGAUGGCUUCUAACCCAUUGGUCAACGCUUGGUAUGCUGGUCAAGACCCUUCAUUUCCGGUUGAGAUUGCUGAUUUAUGUGAAGGGAUAUAUGGGACCGGCGGUGGAGGGUCGUAUACUGGGCAGAUGUUGAACGAUCGAGAUGGCGCCACGUAUAACAUGUAUGGGAUCCGACGAAAGUUUUUGGUACAAUGGGUUUGGAAUCAUGUGUUGAAUUACUGUACUGGCCCUAAUGCUCUUGAUUGAAAAUGGAUGUUUAAAAACAAUGAGAGCCAAAAAGGACAAAAGUGUGUUUCGCUAGAAUGGUGUAUUUAGGGGCUCUUUAGACUUUUCACUUUUGCUUUCUUUCUAAUUUAUGUUUCUUUUUGAUGAUUACUUUCAUUAAUGAGAUGCUAUUAAUGAAGUUAAUUGUUUUAUGGGGUU